AUGCCUUCAUUCUUUGUUCCCGCCCGCGACUCGCGGCAUAGAGCAGCAUGCUUCGCGCUCUACCGAGCCCUCCUCCGUCUGGUCCCAAAGGUCACCCUUCCAGAUGACCUCUUCUCACGACCCGACUGGCAGCACCCCAUCCGCUACCUCCUCCGCACCAGCUUCCAGCGCAACAAGAACGACACCUCUCCACGACUUGUCACCUCCGCGCUCAAAAGCGGCUACCGAUCCCUGACCCUCCUCACCCGCGCACGGGAUGCCUCGAGCCCACAGCAUGCCGAAAUCGUCGCCUUCCUGCGCGAGCGACAGGCCGCCUUUCCGCCGCCCAAGCCCCCUCCUCCGCAGCCUGAGCCCCCCAAGAGGGAGAGGCCCCCGCCCCUCUUGACGAGGACGAGCAGUCCGCACGAGAUGCCCGUGUACACGUCCACCGUCCGCCCGCUACCACUAUCCGAGAUCUCUGGUGGUGUGCGCAAGGUGCCCGUGCUGGACGAGACGAACAGCAUUGCCUUCCUGCGCAUCGGCAAGCCCCAGUCGCACUGGCACGCCAACUUCCUGCGUCGCAAGGCGCUACGUCGGCAGGCGCGAAUCACGACCGUGCAGGAGAUGUGGGAGGACGUGCGCCCCUCUGCGGCAGAGGAGGAUGCAUGGGAGCGCCGGCUGGAGGAGCUCGCCGCCGAGGAAGGGACGUUCGUGCUUGGGCCUUAUGAGCGCACCGUCAGGGAGUACGGAGUGGAGUAUCUGCGCAAAGCAUUGAAUGACGAGGCGGAGGAUAUGGUUGCACGGUCGACGGCGAUGUUGGACAUCGUGGAUGAGGAAAGGAAACUUGCGGCGCAGGAAAGGCUGGCGAGGAAGGAGGAGAGACGGAAGGAUUGGGAGGAGAGAACGAGACAGGAAAAGGAGCAGGCACAGCAGCAAGAGUGAGUUGCAGUGCCGUGCAACAACGAGGACACCGAAGCACGAGCUCCAAGAACAAGCAAAAGGACAAGCUUUCCAGGUGGCGAAGUAGGAGUCGAGUUGGCUAUGCUUUUAUAUGCUAUGUACAAGAUGGGGUGCAAGGCCGUGUCCUGGAACAAAUUCCCCUGUCGACCCGGACAACCCGCAGCUAUCUCUCCCACGACGAAAGGGAGUCUACCGCUAGCAUUACAAAACAUCAUCACUCUUUAUGGCUAUGC